UAAUGGCGGCAGCAGGAGGCGGAUUACCAGCCUCGGCUGUAGUAGCGAACGUAAACAGCUCCGCCACCGUUCGCUGCCGUUUCCCAGGUCGGCCAUGGACAUCUCGGAGCCUGCUGAAGACGGAGAAACGCUUUCACGUCGGUCGGGUGAGUUCUGAAGACAGAGAAGGGCCGAGGCCCAUCGACGUUAGAGCUACGCUGAGAGAGGAUUCGUCACUGUCGCGCUUGCUCGGGCUGGCGGAGAAACACCGGCGCCAGCGCGAGGCGGGAUUCUGCACGAGCGGGAGUGAUGAGGAGGGAGACUUCACAGGCUUUAGAGUGGAUGGUCAAUGGUCCACUAGUUCUGGACAAGGCUCAUCAAGCAAACCCCUUAAACUGGUAUCCUCACAGGUGAAGCCACCUUUGGCGCCAAAUCUAAAAUCAACACUAUUGAAAAAACCUGACAUGAAAGGCAAAAGAUUUUCCAGAACCGACCAAAAAUCUGUGAGGCCUAAAAUGGUUAUUAAAUUGGCAUCCAAGAAGGUGACCAAAAAGUUAACGGAACAGUCACAAAGGCCAUCUGUGGAUAAAGAUAAACAACUGAAAAUGGGCAGCUCAAGUAAGAGAAAUGGCAGGGUACUCGGGAACCAGAAAAAGGGAACAGCGGUCUCCUCAAACACAGAAAAUCAUGAAAAUGUUGAUAGGGCUUUUGAAGAGGAGGAGAUCACCGGAAGGGCAAAGGAACAUGGUUCCAGUGCAGUAGAUAGACGGACGAGGCCGGGCAAAUUAGUGUGGAGCUUAACACUGGUUAAAGGUAAAGAGCGAGCCUCCAGAGUUAGAGACACCCAAAACCAAAGAGCUUCAGCAGAAUAUGUUAAGACCCACAGGAACAAGACAGAGGUAAUGACUGCUAGUGAUCAGGAAGGUGCUGUGUCCUCAAAACCAAUGGCCAAACAGAGAAGGGGCAGAAGGACAGACACAAACAAGGAGCCUCUAGAAUCUCUCGGUGGAGAUGCAGGACCUUCUUUUAGUGAUAGUUUAAGUUCUUCCCAAAAGCAGCCUUUUGUUAGGCUACAAAGAAAGUUACUGCAACAGGAGGUGCGCCGCAAAGUACCUCACAGUCAAGGACAGGCCUCUAGCAUGCCAAGAAAGAGACAGCGACUUGCUCUAGAGACAGACUCCACACACGUGCUGCAGCCGCUGGAAGGACAGGAACAGGCAGUUGGAGAGAUUGAGAGAUCCAAGCCUGGAAGCCAAGCUAAACAGUCUAAACACUCCGCUAGACCAAUUGUUAGUGCUCGAUCUUCCCGGGUCAUCAAGGUCCCGAAGAGGUUCAUGGAUGAUGAGCGCAUGUCUGCGCUUCCAGAACGAGGUUCCCCAAAGAAGCCAGCUCUUACUGAGAUCCCGGUGGUUCUCGAGAAACCGAAUAUUGAGCCCCAACCCCUUCAUUCUGGAAGCAAGCCGAAGACUGCACAAGAACCGCUGAUCCUAAACAACGAUGAAAAGGUGCAAUCUCAGGGCGUCAAACCCAUUUUGAGUUCCUAUAGGCUGUCUGGUGGUCCUCGCGGGAGGGGUAGGAGACUUGGCCAAUCUGCAGACCACUAUAAGAUAUACUGGAAAUUGAAGAAGCUCACAGCAUGCCUGACAAAACGAAGGAUGGAGCGGAUUGCCAGUGCAAGCUCCAAGCUAACAGAGGAUGGUGCGAUGGGAGGGAUCCUUGAUGUGGGAGGAAGAAAGUCUGAUCUCAAAUUGCAGGACAUGUAUUCUCCAGGAGUGGUGCCAAAAGUAACCAUACAUGUUGGGAAACUCUCUGAUCAGAUUCCGCUUGUAUCUUUGGCAGAAGGCCCUGCUAAGGAAAACGUAGAGACUACCAGCCUUGAAGGCACCACUGAAACAACUGCACAAAGUGCCCAGUUGAUGGUGGAGCAAGGUGGAAACCCCCAGAGAAUGAGUAUUUCCAGGGCCAAUAAGAGGAUGUUCCACCUGCUAAAGAGAGCAAGAGUCCAACUGAUUAAAAUUGACCAACAGAAACAGCUCAAAUCAGCUCAGAUUCUGUCUAACUCUGUGAGAGUAAGAGAUAGAUCCGCAGGAGUCAUGCAGAGAGGCAGAAAGAGGGGGAAGAGAGUAGUCCCAGUUAACCCAGAGGGAGCUCCACAGGAGCAAUUGAUUGGUGGUCCACGUAUAAAGCAUGUGUGUCGAGCAGCAGCAGUCGCACUGGGACAACCACGUGCCAUGGUUCCCGACGACAUUCCCAGGCUCAGCGCCCUUCCUCUUCAUGAGAGAGAGGGGAUCACUGCUUCACCUGCCGAAGAGGAUGUUGCAUCUCACUCAGAAGCUGAGAGUGGAGAAUCUGUUGAGCCGAAGCUGACAAUUAGACGCAGGUACGAAAGCACAGCCCUUAGCUGUCGACUAAAACGCUGCUUGCGCUGCAAGGGCUGCAAUCGGCUGGAGGACUGCGGGAGGUGUGUGUACUGUCUGGACAAGCCCAAAUUUGGAGGACCCAACAAGAAACGACAGAGCUGUGUCCUAAAGAAGUGUGUGCUGAUUGAGCAGAACAAAAUGAAACGAUUUAACAAAGUCCAGGUGAAGCGGCGCCGGCCAUUAGUGGCCGAUGGCAUGAACAGCAGUGAGGAAGAAAACCAGGAGGAAGGGGGAGAUGAUGGAGGAGGACAGGCCCAGUUCAGCCCCACUAGGAGGCAACCCAGACGACAAGUCACUCCUCAGUCCUACAGAAAACUGCUGGGGUACGACUCCUCUGACACAGAGACACAGAGUGUCAGCUCUGAAAAGACAAAGGCCAGCGGGACCCAAAAGACUCAGUCAAGUGAAAUGGCUACUUCUGUAACUGCUCCAGAAGAGGCAGCAAAGCAGAAACGGCAAGGGCUUUACAAAGCUUUUUGGGCCCAACGCAGAAAUAAGACUUCGGUGGAGCACACUCCGUCCAGUGUCCUGACUCCACAGGUCAAUGGCUCCACCCAGAGGGGCAAGCUGUCACAGGGGACAAUGAACAAGAUUCGUGUGGACUUCAAGGAAGACUGUCACAUCCAGAAUGUGUGGUUGAUGGGAGGAUUGAGUAUUCUCACUUCAGUCCCCAUCAUGCCCCAGUUUGUGUGUCUGCUCUGUGCCAGCAAAGGCCAGCAUGAUAUGAUCUACUGUCAGAUGUGCUGUGAGCCUUUUCACCAUUUCUGCCUGCCACCGGAUGACCGUCCAAAGGAGGAGAACAAGGAGAACUGGUGCUGCAGACGCUGCAAGUUCUGCCAUGUUUGUGGCCGCAAGAGCAAGCAAGCAAAGCCAGUUUUGCAGUGCAAGAGAUGCAUGUACUGCUACCAUCCAUCCUGUUUAGGACCCACAUAUCCCAAACCUGUCAAAAUGAACUCCUCAUGGAUUUGUAUGCUGUGUAUUAGGUGUAAGAGCUGUGGUGUGACACCUGGGAAGUCCUCGGACACGUCCUGGAACCAUGAGCUGGAACUCUGCCCUGACUGUAGCAAACUUCAUAGCAAAGGAAACUUCUGUACUGUGUGUCUGAAGUGCUACGAGGAACAUGAGUUUGACAGCAGCAUGAUGCAGUGUGCCCGAUGUGCCCACUGGGUCCAUCCCAAGUGUGAGGGGCUCACAGAUGAUCUGUAUGAGAUCCUGUGUCGUCUGCGGGGGAAGAGUCUGGUGUUCUCCUGUGCUCCCUGCAGUAAGAGAUUCCGUAGCGGUUGGCAGGACGUUGUUCAGGAAGUUUUGAGGAGCGGUCUGGAAAAGAUCAUGAAUGGAUUGAAGAGUUCUCCGACCAUCAGUCACCUCCUCAUGUGUGCAGAGUGUGAGGUGUGUCCAGAUUUUGAGCUUGUAAAGGAGCAGUCAGGGUGUUGUCUGCAUCCUGUAGAGCAGAAGCUGGAGAGUGGCCUGUACACUUCACUGAAAGCGUUUCACGAGGAUGUGGCGGCAGUGAUGGUGGAAAGGCUGAGAAAAGAAUAUCUUUUAGAGGAGCAAAGGCCCACCGGUCAAGCCAAACUGUAUUAUAUUAAGUUAGUAGAACAAGUAUUUAGCUGGUUUAACAGUCAGGACCCCAAAAUGUGGAACUGUCAUAUGCAAGAAUAUCCAAGCGGUAUGCUCCCUGACGCCAUAAUUCCCCCCAGCGAUGAACACAGUUAUGCACAAUGGCUCAAAGAGCAGGAUCCAGAAAACCCUCAUUCGAAAUCUCAAGAUCUGCAGAAUGUGAACUCUCAGUUCUUCACGGAUGAAAGACAGUGCUCCCUCUGCCAGCAACAUGGAGAUGCCAAACCGAAUGAUGCUGGUAGGCUGCUGUAUAUUGGACAGAAUGAAUGGGCUCAUGUGAACUGCUGCAUGUGGUCGGCAGAGGUGAAGGAUGUCAAAGGAGCUUUGCUGCAUGUCCACAGUGCUGUCACCAGGGGCCGCCUCAUGCGUUGUGAGCAUUGUGGCCAAACAGGGGCGACUGUGGGCUGUUGUCUUACCUCGUGUCAGAGUAACUACCACUUCAUGUGUGCUCGUGCCAGCAGCUGCGUCUUCCAGUGUGAUAAGAAAGUGUACUGUUACAAACAUCGUGACCUCAUAAACACUAAGAUUGAACAAGGCAAUGGGUUUGAAGUUCUCAGAAGGGUCUAUGUAGAUUUUGAUGGAAUUAGUCUGCGUAGGAAGUUUCUAACAGGCUUGGAGCCAGAGUCUGUAAAUGUGAUGAUUGGGUCUCUACAUGUACAAAAACUUGGUGUUCUGACGGAGCUGUCUGCAAAUUCUGGAAAAUUGUAUCCAGUUGGUUACCAAUGUUCUAGAUGGUAUUGGAGCACCGUUGACCCUCGCAGGAGAUGCCAGUACACUUGUAAAGUGACAGAGGUGCGACCAUCAACACGGUGCAGAGCUCCUAGCUCCAUGGUGGAUCAGGGAGAAAAUCACACAAUUGUUCACAGUCCAAAAGCUCACAAUGAUGAGGAUGGCACAGAUAGCGAGUCCUUGUCACCUGAGCUGCCCCCCAGCACCCCCUCCAAGGCCAAACAAGACUCGGGGGCCGGAGGCAAGACUCCUGGCUAUCCACACAGCAGGAGACCAGCAGGGGGACUGUCCAGACCGUUACCUUCCCCAGGAAAUGCUGUUUCCACAUCCCAUCAUAUUUUGACCAUUAGUGACCUUGAUGAGACACGGCGUGCAACACGGAGACUUUCCACACGUAGCCGAAAUGCCUCUCCUCCCCCUGUGGUACUGUCAGGCCCAAUGGCUUUGCGAUCAGGCGGCACGAUUCACCCUAGGUCGCUUUCAUUCAGCCCCCCUGUCUCACCUCUUGGUACAACUGAGAACUUCAUGAGCUCCACCUCACCUCGACGAAGGGGGCGGCCUUCCCCUUUGUCUCCCUCUAGCAUCACCUCUGGACCCUCUCCCCCACAAGCAGCUCUACGAAGUCCCUCUUCCACCUUUCAUUCAUCUGUCCACCAUUCCCCAAGACAGCCUUUCAAAACCACACAGCAUAAGACUGAUGAGGUGGAUCAAGAGCUCUUUGCCUUGUCAGAACCGGAUGAGGCUGCAGGCGCACCAAGCCACAAAUUUCCUGCCUCAUCCGACAAGUCGAAUCAAGAACUGCUCUCUGCGCACUUUGAUCCAGACACAGAUGUGGCUGUGGCCUCAGUAUUGAAUGCAAAGCUUGAAUUUGAUGAGGCUUUGCUCAAUGAAAAUGUGGCUCUGGACUGCGACCCUCAAGGUGGUGAGGGAGAUGCAGAAGAAGGAACCUGCAAAUUCAGCACUGGCAGCAAAGACUUGACUUCAGAGAUGCAAAUGGAAACAAAUGAUGAUGUCGCUGACCAUUAUCUGAAUUUCUCUCGCACAGUUGUGGUCCAAGAAUCUGCACAGGCAGGUCUCUCAGUCCUUUCUAACUCAGGGUCCAUCUCUCAGCUGGAUGGAGCUGACAAUGACUCGGAGAGUGAUACAGGUGAAGCCAAUGCAGCUGAUGAUACUCAGGAAGUAGGAAGUAGUUUUUGUAGUCAGGAAACUGAGCCAUUAAAGGGCACUGGUCCAAACAAGGGCCGAACUCUUGGUGACGGGCAGCUAGUUUGCCCAAGAUCACCUAUUGCAAAUCAACAUCAAAAUUAUCAGCUAGAGACUCAAAACGUGGACCAAGUCUGUGAAGAACAGGAAAUUCAGGAAAUAACUUCUUUACAAGAUGGGGAAAACGUAAUUAUUGAUUCUGAAGUAUCGAACGGACAAGUGUCGUUUGCAGAUCAACUACAGGCAACAACCACUCUCCUUUGCAAAGACAGUGAUCUUGUUACGACCCAAGAAGAAGUCUUGCUCGAAAAUGAAUCAACAGAAUGUUUGCAGGAAGUGUUCUUGGAUGACACCAGUGGGAAUUUCAUAUCUACUGUUGAUGGCAGAGUUCUGGAUUUGACAGAAAAUGCUGCUGGUCCUGUGGCGGCAACUGAUUCCUCACCAGUAAACAAGGAUGAACCUGUUUUAAAGAGAGGUCUGUCACCUGUUGAGAAACCGGAGACUGCUGUGCCAAUGAGUAGUACUAAAACAAUUCAUGUUGUUGCACCAGCUGCACUCACAAAACGACGCUUUGUGACCAUACAACCCGGCUCCAAACCCAAACCCUUCCAUAUGACAAUGCCUGUUGCCAACUCUCUACCACUAUCCUUGCCUGUCAGUGUUGUCUCAUCUUCUCCCACCAUUUCUGUUGCACCACAAGGAACUCCACUUGCUCCUACUUCAGUUUUAAUAAAUGGUUUUGGAGCUCUACCUAGGGAAGCCACUAAGGGUCAUAGGAUCGCCAUACGCAUUGCCACCCCAAAACGAGUGUCUGAACAGUCUCUGCCCCAGAGUUUACCUGGUACACCUCUUACACCUCAGGUUCUUCUUGUCAACCGUGCGGGACAGAUUCUAGUGAAAAACCCGCAGACUAAUACAUACCAAUUAACUAACUCUAAUUCUCCCUCGUACACCCAAAUCAGUCAGAUUGCGAAGAUAAUCCACAGCAGUAAUGUUCUCCAGCGACCUGUCCCUAAGGUUACAGUGAUACCGGUGCCGCAGGUUCAGGCUAGUCUCGGCAAAACCACACCAACACGUAUCAUAUCUUACAGCAGCAACAACAGAGCAACACCACCAACCCAGGUGCUAAUCAGGAGGAUUCCUCAGAGUCAUCCUGUAAGCCAAUUACACAGCAUCAGUCCGUCAAUAGAAAGAACUGGCUUGAUUUCUGAAAGUGGGCAGAAGGCAGUAGCCCAGGAGAUAAUCGACAAAGCAAUGGCAAGUCACCGUGAAAUAGCCAGUCCCACUGACAUAAGCCCUUCUCCACUCCACCUUGAAAAACGCCUCUCUCCUGAAUCAAAGGAUUCAUUCCCUGGCUUUCAUCUUCAGACUCAACCCAACAUCUUGUCCCACUCCAGACCUCAAGUCAAGGUCAAGAGAGUGUCUUCAGUAACUGAUCGAAUUGGUGUGAAAAGAUGCCGUACAGACUUCUUGGACCAGAUGGGUCCUUGUUCCCAGAGUGACAACAGCAGAUCAAACCGGGUUAGAAUAAAGGCCCCAAGUUUUAAGGAUGUGCUCGACUUUGACGACCCUGAUGUUGGAUCUCUUGACCAUCCAAAGAACGAUGAAAAUAAGAGAAUUACUCCAAAUGAAUCAGAGCGCACUUCAGUGCAGGGAAAUGACACACGGGACAGUGCUAAAUCUCAGUGUACGAGCUACAAACAUGGUGAUUCCUCAGAAUGGGCCCCCUAUGCAGGUUGGAGUUCAGAUGAGGACUCUCCAUCAACAGGCAAGCAGGAUAAGUGUGCCAGUCAUUAUUUGCCCCAUCUGUGCUUCCAGAUUACCAGUGAGGAUGGCUUUAGCAUAGAAGCUGACAGCAUGGAUGUGGCGUGGAAGGCAGUAAUGGACGGUGUCCAGGAGGCACGGGUAGGCUGUCGGCUAGAGCAGUUUCCCUUCAACAGGAUAAGUGGUGCCAGGGUUCUGGGUGUCCUCCACGAUGCUGUGCUCUUUCUGCUGGAGCAGCUGCAGGGUGCUUCUCUCUGCCAGAAACACAGUUUUCGUUUCCACCAGCAUGAAGUACCGGAAGAAGAGCUGCCAAUAAACCCCAGUGGCUGUGCCCGUGCAGAGGUCUAUGUGCGAAAAUCUACCUUUGAUAUGUUCAAUUUCCUGGCAUCGCAACAUCGUCAGCUUCCUGAGUCAAGGCCAUGUGAUGAUGAAGAGGAUGACGUUAUGCUAAAAUCCAGCAGACGAGCCACAAGUACGGAGUUGCCAAUGGCUAUGAGGUUCAGACACUUGGAGAAAACCUCUAAAGAGGCUGUGGGAGUUUACAGAUCUGCUAUACAAGGUCGUGGUCUUUUCUGCAAGAGGAACAUUGAGGCUGGAGAGAUGGUGAUCGAGUACGCUGGCAACGUCAUCCGCGCAGUUCUCACUGACAAAAGGGAGAAAUACUAUGACAGCAAGGGCAUCGGCUGCUAUAUGUUUCGCAUUGACGACUUUGAUGUGGUGGAUGCCACCAUGCACGGAAACGCGGCACGAUUUAUAAAUCACUCCUGCGAUCCUAACUGUUACUCAAGAGUCAUCAAUGUGGAGGGCCAGAAGCACAUCGUUAUAUUCGCCCUGCGGAAGAUUUACCGUGGAGAAGAGCUUACCUAUGACUACAAGUUCCCCAUUGAAGAUGCAAACAACAAGUUGCACUGUAACUGUGGGGCCCGGCGCUGUCGACGCUUCCUGAACUAAAACUGGCUUGUUUACUCAAUAGUUUAGGAGGGGAUAUUUUGGUAUGGGUGGCUAUUUUUGAAGGAAGACACUCGUUACAGGUGCUUAAUGGUGCGGAGAUUAAUUAUUCUGAAGAAAACACAAUAUUGAGAUUGUUUGGCUGGGUGUAUGGCCUUUUUAGACCACCAGCACGUCUUUAUUGGUUACCUCGCGUGAGUUAUAUUUCCUACCCCAACAUUUAACAACCCAGUAACGUCCUGUACUGGAUGAGGCCGUUUGCUUUGAUUCAACAAUUAAAAAUUGUGACCUCAAACGAAUACCCUUUACUUAACUAUUUCACCUGUCCUUGUGCUACUUUGUCCCAGCAUGCCUUUCAAAUCUUGCCACUGGUGGCUGGUAAUGCAGUAGAUCUAUUCUGGAAUGAUCCUUUAGUGUCAGAAUAAAUGUACAGUGGUUUUAAUAGUGGAAGAUACCCUGAAGUUUGAAAGGGUGCGAUUAUUUUUGCUACUGAAUCAAGAGGAGUUCCUGUUAUAGGUCGUCCUCAACAGCACCUUAAUAAUCUUUGCUCUCUUUUUUUUUUUUUUUUUUUGGAAAUGUAAGCACUGUACAUAUUCUCCAAAACAGAUGUAGUUUUUAGUCAAACCAUGAACAAUCUUGCCACACAACCUAGUUUCUAACAGGAGCCUGUGUUUCCAGAACAUUGACGUUUGUAUAUUUCUUGCUUUUUUUUAUGGGUGCAAAUGAAUGCGUCACUUAAAGCACAUUUUAUAACCAAAUUUAACACCCUUGACUGGCACAUUAUUUAAGUUAGAGUACCUUUGCUCUGAAUGCAUAUAUAGACCAUUUUACAGCAUUCUGGGUCAUGUCCACAUUACCAUUCUAAAUAAGACUUCACCUGAAGCUCAAUUUUUGACAGAUUGGUUUUAAGAACCCACUGUUUUUUAUGUGCUUUUAUAUCUUGAGGCCAGUCUUUUGGGGGUCAAUUGUAAUAUUCUAUAUAUAAUCAGUAGGAUCACUUGUGUAGUGUUAAAGAUGUGAAUGAUGUUAAAUCCCAUUCUGAUCGUCAGUACACAAGUAUUUAAAAACAUACCCAUGAAUGGCGGCUUCAGCUGGAAACAGCCGACGCGCUGCUUAUAGCCAUGUGUCUUCUCUUGAUAGCCUUCCUCUCGCAGCACAUUAAGACCGACUCUCAUCUCCAUUUGGGUUGACUACCUCAGUACAUCAGUGACAGCUAGUAAGUUACAGUGCAAACAAUAGUAUAAAGAGUGCUGGGGAUAAUCCCGCACUAGCUUUGAUUUUAUGCAAUGUGACUGUAGGGUUGUUUGUCUCAUUUGUUUGUUUUUCCAGAGAAUUCCUGGAUCCCUCUUCCCUCAUGCUUUUGUACAGAAUUGAAGUGUGCUUAUAAUUAAAAAUGAAGAAUGCAGCUUGAUUCCAUCACUGAACGUGAUCCCACUCAGAGUGAAUCUUUGUAUAGAGUUGUAUACAAGAAUUUCUAAAUCUGUUAAAUUUUUUCUACGCACUUUUUUUUAUUUAUGAUGUUCUGUAUGUAAUAAAGAUACAACAAUAUUUGAAUAAA